AUGAAAGAGAACUUGUUAGAGAGUAGCGAAGAUUUGAAAAAUGAUGCAACAAAACUAUUGACAACUAAAGACAACCACGAUGAAAACAAUGAUCAACUGCUUGAAUUACGACGAUCGGAUUUCGAAUAUCGUGAAAUCGAACCACCUGAAAAUCUUGGUUAUAUAAAUAUCUAUAUCCGUCAAUCCAAUCGUCAUAGUAUUCGACAACAAUCUAAAAAGAUACGUUUUCCAGUGGCUCGUUACCAUCGCCGACGAUUUCCUCUUCAUGGACCAUUUCUCAGUUUUACACCUCGCAUUCCAAUUUUUGCUGACCGUUUGACAAAACAAACAAUUAUUUAUUCACCAACUGGAGGCAUUUAUAUCUUACCUCCACUGAUCAACUUUUAUGGUAAAAUGUUUUCGAUAGCGGAACUGAUUGUUUCUGGUUAUGCUAGUUUGGUUAGCAAUGGUGGUGAACAAAGUGGUCCUAUUAAUAUGUUGUCAUAUUUUCAACCAAUGCCAUUGUAUGGUCGCGGUAUACCCAGAAUUAAUCCAAUGACAGGUGGUUUUACCGGUGGCAUACAAACAAGUUAUAAACGGUUCGAUACUAGAAAGUAUUCUCGAACGCAUGCCAAUAUCGAUUUAACGUAUGAGACGGAGGAUGAUGAUGAAAAGCCACGAUCAUAUCAACGAAACUAUUAUAAGAGACGACACCCAUUAAAACGUCCUCAUUCAUCAGCUCCUGCAUCCUAUUCAGCUGUGCUAUAUGUUUGGUCUGGUCAAGAUACUUCUGUAACAAAUGCAGCUGAUUUUGUUGCUGUAAUUGAUUUCAAUGAAAAAUCCCCUACCUAUGGACACAUUCUCAAAACAGUAUCUCUUAUUUCAGAUCCUGAAAAGGGAAUUGGACAAAUAAACAACGAAGCACAUCAUUCUGGCAUCUCUUCCAACAAGAAAUAUUAUAUUACUGGAGGUUUACUCAGUUUUCUAUCGAAACAAAAAGAAAUAUUCGUUUGGGAAAUUCCUCAAAAUCCAAAAGAUGGUCCCAAAUUUAUCUGUGGAAUCGAUGCACCAGGUGCAUGUCCAGAUGAAUUUUUACCCAUUGGUAAUAGUGAAUUUCUUGUAACUAUGAUGUGUAAUGAAUCUGCAGGUAGUCCUGGUAAUGUAGCAGUAAUUGAUGCAGAUACGUGCAUUGCAAGAUCAUUACUACGAAAUGCUUCAGAUAUACAAGAUUUCAAUCCACAUGGAUUCGGUCGUCUUGACAAUGGUUCUAUAUUCACAGCAGAUUAUAUUCUUCCAAUCACAUUGACAAAUACUGAUGCUUCGACAAUUGUAUUUCGAAAUACUGUUAGGCAUAUUUUUCCCGAUGGUAGUUUACAAGAUACUUUUCAAGUUCGUUUUCCUACUGAACCUGGAUCGACAACAGGACUUGGACAUGGCAUUGGUUUUAUGGAAUUAAAAACUAUUCCAAAUGAUCCACUGGGACGUGCAUUAGCUUGUGGAACUAACACAAAUAUUGUCUACCUAUUUGGAGCAGGGAUACCUGAACCAAUGCCUGUACUUGAUGCCUCACAGGUAAAUGAUUAUAUUAAACGUCCUAGUGCUGGCCUUGUGUCAAUCUUUCCCGAUGGUUCACGGAUGUUAAUGACAUUUCAAAUGCGAUUUGUGAUGCUAGUUGACAUUGUAGAUCCUUUGCAUCCUAAAUUUCUUCAUACAUUUGAUUUUUGUACAGAUGAAUCAGUUCGCGAUAUGCCUAUUCUUUAUCCUGGAACAAAUCAAACAACUACCUUUUCGAAAUUUUGUCUCAAUAACAGCAAUGUCGUUGGUUCACAUGGAAUAAUGUUUCCAAAUGGAGAAAAUCGAUUUGUUGUGUUGAAUUAUUUUCUUAAAUUUGGCUUGGCACAAUUUUCUGGUACACGAACAGUGCACGCAUUUAAACUGAACAAAGAUUUGACAAAUUUCACUUAUGAUCAUCAAUUUAAUCCUAACUUUCAAUUUGAUACUUCGUCAAAGAAAAAAUAUUCAACAUUUCAUUCGUUAAAUGCCUAUCCACAUCAUGCUCAAUAUCUAAAAUUAUAA